GCCGUAGAUGAGCAGAUACACUGGUGCAUCGAGCCUCAAUGCCAUUAUAAGAUCCUCCAAUCAUUGUAGAGGGAUAGGCGGCGGCUUAUGGUCGACUCUAAUUCGUCGGCCAAAGUGGCACAGCAAUGCAGGCGCGCCAAGCAAAGCGUCCUCCAGCUGAAGUCGCUGGCAACACGGACUAGCCUCCAUACUUCCUACUUACUCCGCAAUCUUAAGGAGACCUCCUACGUUAACAAAAGAGGCAGAAAACAGGUGAAAGCGACUCCUACGCAUUCAGCAGCAACGCCGUUUUGUCUAAAGCUAUCAGCUUCUGCAUCAAGGCACAUGCCGCUUGUGCUCAAUGGCGACUGCCGUGGAAGCUCUAACUCCCGUGGCGGACGUCGGGCUCACUAUCCUAAGUAACCCUCAGGACGCGGUACUUGACAUCAUCUUUGUCCACGGCCUCCAAGGACACCCACAAGACACUUGGACGUAUAAGUCAAAGCCAGCUCAAAGUCCGCAGAGUCGGGGUCUAUCUCCCUCAAAAGCUGCUAAAAGCACAAAGUUGCGAACCUUCAGCAUCUUUUCCAAAUUCCCGAAACGCAAAAAUCUAGAGCCAGGAACAUUAGGAGUGGGUGUUGACCAGGAAAAUGAUGCAAGAGAUAGAGGGGGCCAAGGAAUAGAUGUCUUCUGGCCAAGAGACCUGCUCAAGGACGACGUCCCUAAGGCAAGGAUCAUGACAUUUGGCUACAAUACAAAGAUUACCCAAGGCUAUCAGGCGGCACACCAAGGCAACAUCUUCUCCCACGCGAGAAAUCUCUUAUAUGAAUUGGAGGAAAAGAGAAGGAAGGUAGCAGACCGGGAGCUAGUCUUUAUGGCCCAUUCGCUCGGCGGGAUCUUAGUAAAAGAGGUGUUGCGGCGCUCUCAAACUGAUCCGGAUGCAAAAAUUCAGAAGAUUUUUAUGUCAACUACAGGAGUCUUCUUCUUUGGCACUCCACACCGAGGAAGCAGAGUGGGGAUCAAUCAAUCAAUCAACUUUGACGUCUCCAAGUUGAUUGAUUGCUUCGUUGAACAGGCUGUGAUUGAUUUGAUUUGAUUUGAUUAAUUUCUGAGAUGCUCAAGUUGAGUUGAUGAGAUUG